AUGGCAUCUGUCACUAACGCUUCAGGAAUGGAGUUCGAGGUGUUCUUGAGUUUUAGGGGACCAGAUACACGGGACCAUUUUACCAGUUGCCUCUAUAGUCAAAUGGUGGAGAAAGGAAUCCGCGUCUUCAAAGACAACGAAGAGCUCCGAGUCGGUCGGAAGAUUGGUGGAAACCUUUUGCAAGCCCUUGACAACACUCAAAUCUAUAUCCCCAUCUUCUCUAAGGGUUUCGCUUCCAGUCCGUGGUGUCUCCGUGAGGUUGCUCAUAUGGUAGAUUGCACUUCAAAGUCGGAUGGGAAGAAGGAGAUCCUCCCUAUUUUUUUCGAUGUGGAGCCCGAUGAUGUCAAGCUCAAAACAGAAUUGUAUAGAAAUGCCCUGUCUAUGCAUAAGAAUAAGUAUGGCCCCGAUGAGGUGAAGCGCUGGGAAGUUGCUCUUAUUGAGGUUCCAACUAGAGUUGGUUGGAAGCUGGAAGGAAAAGGGUACGGGGAACUUAUAAAAUUGAUUGUUCAAGAGCUUCUACAUAAGCUGAAGGGGAAGGAUAGACCUCUUCCCGACUAUCUAGUUGAAAUGGAUGAUUUAGUACAAAUAGAGAAACCGUUGGAUGCUAACUCUAAUGACCAUGUACGAUUCCUUAUAAUCCAUGGAAUAGGUGGUAUUGGUAAAUCAACUCUUGCUAGUAUUAUCUUCAACCGAUCCCGGUCUAAAUUCAAUUGUAGUAGUUACCUUGAUGAUGUUCCAUGUCAAGGUCUUUUAGAUGUGCGAAAGAAACUGCUAUCUGACACACUAGGCUCAACCUCUAUUAUUGGAAUCCUCGACACCAAUGAUGGGAUCGAUCGCAUAAGAAGAGGACUUAGUAACAAGAAAGUUCUGGUUGUUGUUGAUAAUGUGGACGAGAAGAGGCAACUCGAGAACCUCGCAGGGAGACAUGAUUGGUUUGGUUUUGGAAGUAGGAUCAUUAUUACAAUCAGGGACAAAAGCACAAUACUUGAUAAGGACAACCAAAUGCCACCUAGCAAUUACUUGGCCUACCCAAUGAAGGAGAUGCCCAUGGUUCAAGCAAUUCGGCUUUUCAGCAAGCAUGCCUUUAGAAGUGAUACUCCUCCAAGAGAUUGCUACAAUUUUUUGGAAAGAGUCGUUUCAAGCAUAGGAAGGCUUCCUUUGACUCUAGAAGUAGUGGGUUCUCUUUUCGCCAACACGGUCAGAUCAGAAUGGGAUGAGACAUUGGAGGACUUAAAGCAAGUCCCGCAUAAGCACGUCCGAAAUACAUUGAUGAUAAAUUACAUGUGGCGUAGUAGUGGAUAUUCUCCACGCAGCGUGAUUGAUGUUCUUCUCCUCAUGUCGUUGAUGAAGAUUGAUGAGUUCAAUAGGUUUUGGAUGCAUGAUGAAAUUCGAGAUCUAGGAAGGAAAAAACGAGCUGUACGAGCACUCAGUUUGGGUAUUAGUCAUGACUUAAUACCUGAAGAAUUAGCCUAUUUGCCAAUGCUGAGGUUUCUUGGAGGGGAAAGACUGAAUUUUGUAGGUGACUUCAAGAAUCUUCUUCAUAGUCUAAGAUGGCUUUCUUGGCGUCAUUGCCCGCACGAUUUUUCAGCGACAAAUCUUCACUUGGUGAAUUUGGUCGUGCUCGACCUUUCAUCAAGCGACAUCACCCACAAUUGGGGUGGAUGGAGGCAUAUCGAGAUGGCAAAAAAGUUGAAAAUUCUAGAUUUGACAUGCUGCAAUGAGUUAACCAAGACACCUGAUUUUUUGGAGUUUGGCAAGUUGGAGAAACUGAUUCUCGCUGGCUGUGAGCAAUUAUCUACAAUUGAUAGCUCAAUCGGUAAGCUAAAAUUGCUAAAUACUUUGAAUAUUGAGGGAUGUGCAUGCCUUGAAGGGUUGCCUGAAGAAAUUGGUUCUUUAGAAUACUUGUCGGAGAUUAUCAUGCCUUGCUUCGGCAAAUCGUUCAAACUUCCUGAGACACUAGGCGAUCUAAAAUCUUUGACAAAGUUUGAAAUUCAAUUUCAUCCGGGUAUCUACCGACUUCCUUAUUCCAUAGGAAUGUUGAAUCUCACACGUUUGGUUUUGUCUAACUGCAAGAAUCUUUAUGAGCUUCAGAUUCUAUCGGGAAUUGGAAUUAUUAGUUGA